GUUACUGGAUCGCAGCCGAAACAGAACUUCUCUUUCUUUGCCCAAAUCCUAGGCCUAGCUCUCUGUCCAGGGUUUUACAGAGCUGAAUGAUUUGGGUGUGAAGGAGGUAAUUCCCAGAAAGACGUAGAAUGACAAGCCAAGCAGCCGUUUCUUUCAGUGGCAACAUGAAGAAAGCACUUGCUGGGCUGAGACGUAUAAAUCUUGAAGGUCUGCGUUGGAGGGUAUUUGAUGCCAAAGGCCAGGUCCUUGGCAGGUUGGCUUCCCAAAUAUCUACUGUGAUUCAAGGGAAAGAUAAGCCGACAUACGCUCCAAAUCGUGAUGAUGGGGAUAUGUGCAUUGUGCUUAACGCAAAGGAUGUCUGUGUCACAGGGAGAAAACUCACAGACAAGUUUUAUCGUUGGCACACUGGGUACGUGGGUCACCUCAAGGAAAGGAGCUUAAAGGACCAGCUGGCUAAAGAUCCUACAGAAGUUAUCCACAAAGCUGUAUUGCUCAUGCUUCCAAGAAACAAAUUGCGUGAUGAUAGAGAUAGAAAAUUGAGGAUAUUUGCUGAAAGUGAACACCCCUUCGGCGACAGGCCCCUUGAACCAUACAUCACGCCUCAUCGAAGGGUGCGUGAAAUGCGGCCCCGUGCAAGGCGAGCAAUGAUUCGAGCUCAGAAAAAAGCUGAACUGCAACAACAGAGCGGUAAUGAGACAAGGAAAGGUAAAAGGAAAGAAGUUAACGCAGACUUGAGUUCGUAGAAAGUAGUAGCUGGAGCAUGUUGGCAUUCCUGAGAGAGAGCACUUUCUGAUCUUUUGUAUGUAACCUCCAUAAAUCACUCAAAGAUCCACCAUCAUCUACAUUUGGUGGUUUGCACAAUCAAACAGUGCAUCUUGAUCAUUUGUCGGAUCCCUAUGGUAGUGCCGCAUGAUGUUUCCGCUGGCAUAAAAGAAGCACCAGUCAGUCUGACAGCAUUUGCCAGCCCCCAGCUCUCCAGUGGACAUCUUUGCCUCUUCACUUGCAUAAAAUUUUAAUUUUGAUGUUGCUAUAUGUAAGAUUGAACUGUUGCAGCAGUCGUGUUUCAGUCGAAUCAAGAGUUCUGGCUUCAAUUGAGAGAUUGAAAGGCACAUAAAAUCACUAUUUAUUAACCA